AUGGAAGAACCUCCGGACGUCAUCAUCACACCCUGCGACCCGUGGCCUCGGCCGUAUUACCUCGAGGGGGGUCUGCGACGAGUUGCGCCGUAUCACUUCACAUACAACACUUGGUGCAAGCAGCGAUGGCGAGGACGCGAGAUUCUAGAGAUUUUUGCCGACGAGUUUCGCGAUCGACCCGUCGAGUACUACACCAACGCUGUCAAGACGGGUGCUGUGCUUAUUAACGGUAAGCCUGCGACUGGUGCCGACCAUAAAGUCAAGAAUGGCGACCUUGUUUCACAUACCCUUCACCGCCACGAACCGCCCGUCACCCAGCAGAACAUUGGCAUCGUCCAUGAAGACGAGGAUAUGAUUGUUAUCAACAAGCCUGCAGGCAUUCCUGUACAUCCCUCGGGCCGCUACAACUACAACAGUGUGACAGAAGUCAUGCGCGCCGAACGCGGUCAUGGAUUCAACCCUAUGCCCUGUAAUCGUCUCGACCGUCUGACCAGCGGCGUCAUGUUCAUCGCCAAACACCGCAAGGCCGCCGACGAGCUCACUGAGCAGAUCAUGGCCCGCACUGUCAAGAAAGAAUACGUCGCUCGUGUCAAGGGAGAGUUUCCAGAAGGAGAGAUCGUCUGCGAGCAACCCAUUAUGCAAAUCAGUCCCAAACUCGGUCUGAAUCGCGUUCGUGCCGACGGCAAGGAUGCCAGAACGGUGUUCAAGAGAUUGGCAUACUACCCUCCCGAGGCUGGGGACGCGGAAGCUGAGAAGGGAGAAGAAAUCCCAGGAAUGGAGUGGAAGCAAAAGGAGGGAUAUUCGAUUGUACGCUGCCGACCUCUGACCGGGCGCACACAUCAACUGCGUGUGCAUCUGCAAUACCUAGGCCAUCCCAUCUUGAACGAUCCCAUCUACGCAAACCAACGCGUCUGGGGCUUCAACCUGGGCAAGGGUGAGUCCAAGGCCGAUAAUGACGAGGACAUCAUGUCACGUCUCUCACGCAUGGGUAAGGACGAAGUGGCUGAUGCUAUCGCCUACCAUGACGAGAUGCUUGAACGUUACAACAAGACCAAGGGAGAGAAACUCAGUGGCGAGGUUUGCGACCUUUGCGGAACAGAGCUAUACAGUGAUCCCGGACCGCAUGAACUUGGUAUCUACCUGCAUGCAAGGAAAUAUGCCGCUGGCGAUGGCAGAUGGUCAUAUGAGACUGAACUGCCUGAAUGGGCUCUUCCUCCGGCCGGCUACAGCGGACCCACUGAAUCGACAGAAGAGUCAGAUCCUCUGGCGAUUGACCUCAGUAAGCUCGGCAUUGCCGCAGAAGGCAAUGGGGGAAAAUAG